GCCACGCGCAUACGCGCGCGUACUCUUUCGCUCGCGGAUUGAUCCCGAGUGAGUACGUCGUUUCCGUCUCUUGCACGUAAGCAAUAAUAAUCGCGGUAAUAUUCGUACCACAAGCGGUGAAUGUCACUUCGCGUGUGUCAUUCGAAUGACUCUUCAAAAAUCGUUCAAGAUUUUAAUUGUCUUGAAAGGAUCAGUCGUGUGACAUACCUGGCACAAUAUGUGAUACAUUUGCCGAAGCAUCGUUCCCCCCCCCCCUCGAGUCCCGAGUUCAAGCCCCAAGCCCUCACCUCGUCAAUCGCAAUAGUACCGCAGUUGUGCGGUUGUGCUGUUCGCGCCAAUGCGCAGUUCAACGUGUCGAGAAAGAACUGAAACGACACGCGCGAUAUCGUGAGAGAUAUCGCAAACUUCUCAUUUCAACUUUUCCUUUAAUUAAAACAAAAGUGAUGUACAUUUUUGCUCGUUUAAAGUUUGCUAUGUUAGCGAUGAGAAAAGAUUUUUCUUCUCAAAGGACUUGCGUAGCAAACGAAGAAGAUGAAUAAAGAGAGGAAAAUUUAAAAAAGGCCAAGUUUCUUCGAGAUAUUGGUUUCGAUUUUCUAAUCCGUUGGUCACUAUAACAUAUAAAAAGAAAUAAUGAUAAAUGUUGGAUUUACAUAGAAAUUCAACGUAUUUAUACAAAAUACAUGAAAAAAUUUAUUCUAUCAAAGCCGAAGAAGAGAGUCGCGAAGGAAGAAUCGGCGCGGCGAUGAUAGAGAGCUAUCUUAAAUCGCAUAUCCCGAUUAAAUGCGAUCGCGAUUAUUAUAAGCAGAGGGGGAGACUCAAUCUAAUUAACCGUAACAGCUAAUCGGUGCGCCGCGGCGCGACGCAAGCGGAAUAAUUUGAAACGUAUUUCACAAUCAAGUCAACUUGACACGCGAAGGGUCCUCAAGGAUCUUAUUAGCUAACAGCCGCGAGAGAGAGAAGAUCAAGUAGACAGAAACGGACCUUGAUCAUCGACGACAAUUUCAUUUUCAUUUCAUUUUGUAAUCGAAAUAAUCGUCUGCAGUCACGAGCAGAUACCAAUUUUUAACGACGAUAGAUGACUGACACCAAUUCUCUUGCGUAUGCGCACAAUAACCCAUGCACAUUUUUUUCCCUUUAUCCUUAUAUCUUUCUUUUUUGCCGAAGAAAAAUUUAUUAUAAAGAGUAAGAAUUAAAAUAACGGAUAAGAAUUAUUAUUGAGUCGAAUAUCAUUUGGAAUUCUAUUCAGAAUUAAAUUGUACGAGUUGAAUCAAUUGUUCUACUCUUCUAUGUAGAGAAAAAUUACUUUAAUUUUAAUGGCAGAAAUGAAUAUUGAAUAAAAACUUGUAUUUAAUUUUACCUUUUUUAAAUCUUUAUUUUCCAAAUCUUUUUUCUUUUAUCAACAAAAAUAUUCAAAAAUAUAAUAAAAUUGAAUUUAAUAAAUGUUGUCUUCAUCCGACCCUGAUUGCAGGAAGAAGGGGUGGAAAGAGAUCAUCUAUAUAGAGCCUAAAUAGAUUGAGGAAAGAAAAUGGAACGAUGGAAGAGGAAAGCAGGAAUAAGUGGGGAGAAAGACGAGAUUGAAAAGUUAUGGAAAGUAGUGGGAGAGUUUAUCGAAUCUAUCUGAUUAUUCCGUAGACGGCACUGUGCCGCGGAACACACGAUUCCGCAUUUACCGCGAAAAGUGUAAUCGGUCAUUUUUGAAAAGCUACUGCCAUCGCGAGACUCUGUAAAGAACGUCCGAAAGACUUGCAAGAAGAUCGUUUAGCUUACCAAGAGAGCGAGACCACUUUGAGGGACGCUAAGCGGCACACCGUUUCGAACGAACGAAUGAAAAAAGGACUCGUUUAAAGAAGAGAUAUGUAUGGUCUAAUCUUGGAGAAUCUAGCCGAAUAUAUAAGGCAAGUUUAUGGUGAGGACAGAUGGGAGGAAAUUCGUAGGCAGGCAUCCGUGGAUCAGCCGAGUUUUAGCGUUCACCAGGUCUAUCCGGAAAACCUAAUACCAAGAUUAGCAAAAAAAGCAAUUCAGGUACUCGGCGUAACGGAAAAGGAAUUCUUCGAUCAAAUGGGUGUACACUUUGUAGGAUUCGUUGGUCAAUAUGGUUACGAUCGCGUACUCUCAGUACUCGGACGGCAUGUGAGGGAUUUUCUCAACGGUCUAGACAACCUCCACGAGUAUCUCAAGUUUUCAUAUCCAAGAAUGCGAGCGCCUUCGUUUAUCUGCGAAAACGAGACUCGUCAAGGAUUGACUCUUCAUUACCGAAGCAAACGCCGGGGUUUUGUUUACUACACAAUGGGUCAAAUAAGAGAAGUCGCCCGACACUUUUAUCACAAGGAGUUGCAGAUCGAGCUGGUACGCGAGGAAGUGCUUUUCGACACUGUACACGUGACCUUUCAACUUACCUUUGACAAUCGAGCCUUCACUCUGGCAUCGCUCGCGAUGACCCGUGAAGAGAAACACUUGCCCAUCGGGGCGUGUGUGCUCUUUGAGAUCUUUCCCUUCUGCAUAGUCUUUGGAUCAGAUAUGGUCGUUAGGAGUAUCGGCAAUUCAUUAAUGGUUAUAUUGCCAGAUCUGGUUGGCAAGAAGAUCACAUACUUCUUCGAUUUGGUUCGACCACUUAUUGCAUUUAAAUUUCAAUCGGUAAAUUUAAUAAACAUAUUGAAUAGAACAAACAACAUUUUUGAGUUAGUCACUGUUGAGCCAGUGCUUACGGAACGAUUAAAUGAUCGACACAGGAAUGAAACUCUCUUGAGCGAUGAACUUGAAACAGUAGAAGAUAAGACAUUACGUUUAAAGGGUCAAAUGAUAUACAUGGACAAUUGGAAAAUGAUGAUGUAUCUCGGGACGCCUGUCAUGCCCGAUUUGAAUGCUUUAAUAGCAACAGGUCUCUAUAUAAACGAUCUUUCAAUGCACGAUUUUAGUCGAGAUCUCAUGCUUGCUGGGACUCAACAAUCCGUAGAAUUAAAACUGGCGUUAGAUCAAGAACAGCUGAAGAGUAAAAAAUUGGAGGAAUCAAUGAGGAAAUUGGAUGAAGAAAUGAAACGUACGGAUGAGUUACUAUAUCAAAUGAUUCCCAAACAGGUCGCAGACCGUUUGAGGAAUGGUGAAAGUCCAAUUGACACUUGUGAGAUGUUCGAUAGUGUAUCGAUUCUGUUUUCGGACGUAGUGACCUUUACCGAGAUUUGCAGUAGAAUUUCACCAAUGGAAGUUGUGUCCAUGUUAAAUGCCAUGUAUUCGUUGUUUGAUACUUUAACCGAAAGAAAUCGAGUUUACAAGGUUGAAACUAUCGGUGACGCUUACAUGGUAGUCUCUGGUGCGCCAGUAAAAGAAAACGAUCAUGCAGAUCGCGUAUGCGAUAUGGCACUCGAUAUGGUUGAAGCAAUAACUGAUCUCAAGGACCGUUCAACAGGCAAUCAUCUUCAGAUACGUGUUGGCAUUCACAGCGGCGCGGUUGUUGCCGGUAUCGUUGGCUUAAAGAUGCCGCGAUACUGCCUCUUCGGCGAUUCGGUCAAUACAGCAGCUCGCAUGGAAGCGACAAGCCAAGCCAUGCAGAUACAUAUAUCUCAAUCCACCAAGGAAUUGUUAUCACCUUCAUACAAGGUUAAAGAACGUGGAGAAAUCGAGGUGAAGGGGAAGGGUACAAUGAAGACCUAUUGGUUAGAAAAGCGAGAACGUCGUUCUGUCACAACCAAGGGAAUCACUAUACAGGAACCUCACCAAUGGCAUACUAAAAGCUUCGAGAAAAGAAUUUCCUCGAUGGGAGCGAUAGGUCUGAUAAGUCCAGGCAUAUUUGACAAGUCGGCCUUGGGAGAUAUAGCGCUGUCGAAACGUAGAGGCUCAUCAAAGAUGUCGUCCCCGACGCCACCAGGAUCCUCAGGAUUCUUCUCCGAGGAGAGAAGGAUAUAUUCCCCUAUCACUUUUCAAGAUGUCGCACGACGAUCGGUCGCAAAUUCACCAACAAAGAAUAUGGAAAUACGAGAGUGUCGAUCAAAUUCUAUGGGUGCGGUAGGUAUCAGAAAUGCAUCAGAUAUGUUCAAUUCUCUUCUAAACGACACAGAGGAACAUUUCCGGCAGCAUCGCAAUAAUUUGUCAUCGCGAGUAGAUAAUCAAUCGACGAGUGUGCACGUGAAACCGGAAGUGAAGAUCAAUGCCAUUACAUCCUCGUCUUCACAGAGUUCCGAAGAUGAGUCGAACUUAUCAUUGAAUCUUAAUCUACAAACGCGAACAGUGAACGCGGCCGCGACGAUAAUUGACAACGAAAGCGAAUCGAGAUGCACAGCAGCGAUCAGUAGUGAUUUUAGCAACUCUCAGUUGUUAAUGCAACAGGAUCAAUGCUGUCCGGGAUUUACCAUUUCAAAGAGUAGCAAAAUGCGUCUCAAUCAAGGAAAUAGCUGUAGCGUUGUUUAAUUGACAAAAAUUGAAUUGACGUGUGAAAAAUCACAGAUUCGCCAUUGCAUCACUAACUUUCAUGCUAAAUCAUAAUUAAUCUAUCUUCCAGCAUCUUCAUUUUUUUCUCUCAUUUUCAUACAACAUAAAAAACAAUUUCUAUUAUUUUUAUUGAAAAAUUCUAUUUCUAUAAUCAUUAAUAAUCUGAUUAAAUUUAGAAGUAUUAAAAAAAUAUUUUUUACAUCAUUUAUAUUUUAUUUAAAAGUAAUUUUUUUUAUAAAUUUGAGAGAGAGAAACAUUUAAAUUCCUGUCUUUUACAUAUCUUUUACAAUAAGAAAUUUUUUAAGAUAGCAUGACAAAUUUAAUCCUAGAACGGUAAAUUUUUUUUCACUUUAAACGACACACUAGAAUACAAUUAUGUAUACACUGUACAUAGACAUGCGGACAAGGAUGCCUGACCAUAUGAAUCCUAGUAAGAGCACAGUUAACAAAGUCGACUAAAUGUCGACUUCUAAAUAGUCGACUUUUAAAAGUUGACGGAAAGUCGACUAGGGCUACGUUCGAGAACCGCAUAUAUCCCAGCUAUAUGUUUUAUCAGUGCUAUUGCUCUAUCUGCGUCAUUCAUUAGACGUAAAUGAUUUCGUGUUAAUUAUCAUUAUUGUCACUGCUAUCAACUUCUGAUUCAUUAUUAAUUUGUAAAGGUGUUGCAUCGGAAAACGAAACGUCUGCCAAAUUAUUUAUUGAGUUAUCGCAGAUGACUUAGGAAGAAUAUCACCACCAUAACGAUCACUGUUUGAAACAGGAUCUCGAGGUUCAAAAUCACGAUGAUAAAGCAGCAAAGUACGUCUAGCUAUUUCUCUGACGUUUCGAUAAUUCCCGAAAACUUUUCUUCAUAUUUGACAGGACGAGUUAAACAUCUACUCAUAAUCUUAAAAAUAUACUUCCAUCCAAAAUUUCCGCGUUUUCGACCUGCGUAGAAAGUUGACUGAAAGACGUUUAAAGUUGACGGCAAAUCGACUUUUCGUCAUGACGGGAAGUCGACUUUAAGGCCGGUAUUCAUAGUCGAAUCUUAUUUCAAGAUCGUCUCAAUCACUUAAAGAUGCUAACACAGUUUUGUGAUUGAUUGACAUCUUAAAAUAAUACUUAAACUUAAGACGAUUUUAAAUAUAAGACCUGACUAUGAAUACUGGCCUUAAUCGGCGUUUCUUGGGACAUUCGUCGACUUCAAGUCGACUCUUUUGUCUUUAAAAAAGUUAACUUUACGUCAAGUCACAGUUACGGUGUAGUCGACUUUUUUCUCUUAGGCCCGGUUCCACAACUCACGGUUAAAUUAACUGGCCGAUUAUUCCAUUGGAAUCGUAUUUGUCGUUAAGCAAAAUUAACAAAUACGAUUGGUCAAUUCCAAUGGAAUAAUCGGCCAGUUAAUUUAACCGUGAGUUGUGGAACCGGGCCUUAGGGAAGUUAGAUGCGUUCCGGGAUUUCUAUAGUGCAUGUAACGUAUUCUAUAUAGAAAAUCAGAACACAGCUAACUUCAUAUAUGGCCAAGUAUUCCUGCCCGCGUGUAUAUAUGUACAUACCCCACUCCUUCCGAAGGAGUAAGUUCCAAAUACGCACAGAGUGUAACACGGAUACCACCAAUCAAAUUCUGUAAAUUUAUUUUAACCCUAACUAACUCAGCAAUCUGAUUGAUGGUGUCUGUUUUACCUGAGACGUUCCCUUCCGGCGGGGCGGCGAAGCAUUCUGCAUUAAAUAAAUGGGUAUCGAUCAUGUAAUUUUUUCCCUAGGGCGGAAACGUGAAAAAUGAAAAGUGAAAAGUUACUGUCUCUUUCUAUUCAACACAAUAGAAAGAGAUAGUUACAUGAAACUUUUUACUUUUCACAUUUCUGCCUUAAGAAAAAAGUUAUACAUGAUUGCUGCCCUGAAAUCAAACCCUAGUGAAAAUAUAAAAUCGAAGCGUAAGUCGAAUGUAAAGGGAGAGUAAUAGACGCGUUAACAAACAUUCUACGAAGCGUAAAUUGGAACAAUGAAGUGAUAACGCUUCUUUUAUAUUUCAUUGUUCCAAUUUACGCUUUGUAGAAUGUUUGUUAACGCUUCUAUUACUCUCCUUUUACAUUUGACUCACGCUCCGAUUUUACAUUUUCACCAGGGAAAUAUUAUAUUAUAUGUAUGAAUCUCUUUGUCAUCACGAAGACGAUGGUAUAAUUUAAAUUAUUAAUAUUAAUUAACAUUAAAUUAAUUUAUGCUCCGAGUCAAUUUUUUGUUUGUUAACUUAAGCGAUAAAUUGAAUUUGCGCUAAAGUACAAAAUUAUCCCGGUGUAUUUGAGCCAUUUUAAGCUUAUUUAUGUACAUUUAAUAAUUGUAGUAAAACAUAUCAGAAAAAUAAAAGUAUUUGAAGAUUUA